UUGGAGGGAACAUUUAAAAGGUUAUUCUUUGGUAGACUAAUGUCCUCUCAGUACUGGCAGGCCUGUGGUUUUGUUCAGCAUAUUCUGCAGUCUGAGAAUGGCUCCUCUCUCUCAUUCCUUCUCAGUAUCCUGGGAGAUGAGGUGCUAGGGAUCUGGCCACGGAAUGCUGAUAAGGCUGACGUCAACUGUGCCUGUGUCUCCCAUGCCGGCCUCAACGUGGUCACCGGGGACGACUUUGGACUGGUCAAGCUCUUCGACUUCCCCUGCAUUGAGAAGUUUGCCAAACACAAGCGUUACUUUGGGCACUCGGCACACGUGACCAACAUUCGCUUCUCCUAUGAUGAUAAAUAUGUGAUCAGCACUGGAGGAGACGACUGCAGUGUCUUUGUGUGGAAAUGCCUGUAAACCAGAGCCUUUUCUCCACAACCAUCCACUAACAUGCACCCAGACUCCUUAGCCCACCGCAGUAAGUCUUGGAUUCCGACAGGAAUGCAGCCAGGAUCCCAAAGCCUCAAGUGUCUGGCUGCGGUCUACCUUUUUGCCUGCAACUGUCUCCCCAUCCUUAGAACAACACCUGGGGAUGGGCAAUACGCUAAUCACUGUACUAUUAAUUCAAGUCUAAGCAUUAGGCAGAGCAGGUAGAUCCUUUUCUAACAGGAAACCACUUUGAAGUAGAUUUUUUUUGCCACUAGAAAAUGUUUGACUUUCUGGCCUAACAAGAAAUGGCAGUGUUUACAUUCACAUCUGCUUUCAAUGAAGGACACAUGAAAGCAGGUUGCCAUGCCAGCUAUUGAUUUAUAAUUAAACGAUUGAUAAUGUCUGGGAUUCAAUCAAAUCGCACAUUGUUGACAAUGCAGCUUUUAAAGGCAAUGUUCCCACGUUUGCGGAGAUUGCAUUCACAGUAAACGCUGCAUAUGUCGGCUCAAUCUGAAAAUUCCUUAACUUCUAUUGUGCAAUCUGUAUCGCUACAGCAAUAGAUUGAAUAGAGCCCUAAAUCCUGGCCAGUGUAGAGGAUAAAAGAUCCCCCCCAUAAUUCAUUUGAAAGUAUUAAUAUCCUUAAGUGCCUUUAUGAAUAUUUCUACUUGUGUUAUUUUUUUGCAGUUUCACGUUUCACGUUUGAAAUUAUUUGUACACCUCUGGUGCUAUUCGAUUGUAAACUUUCUCAUUCAAUAUGCAGAAAGGGGCAUUGGUUUGCUGCCGUUUAUGCAUACAACAUCCAAAGUAUGAUGAGAUGAUGUAACAUAGUAAGUUAUAAUAGCUCUAUUGAAAAUAUUUAAAUGUUACUGUGAUCUGACGAUCAAUUUUCAGCUUGUGAUAGUUACAAAAAAAUUAGGAAGCAUUUUUAAAAUGCUUUUAACUAUUGUCAAAAUAAUUUUGUGAAAUAUGCUUCCAUAUAACCAUUGUGAAAAGAUUCAACAAAAAUAAUGUUCAUAGAACUAGUACACUGAAGCGUUACUGUAUGUUUCAACAUUCACUACCACUAAGGGAUUUCAACGGGGUGGCUUACAUUUAGCAGAUGCUCUUAUCCCGAGCGAUUUACAUUCAUCUUAAAAUAGUUAGGUGAGACGUCACAAUCGUAUCGAGUACAUUUUUCCUCAAAGUAUUUAUCAAAGUCAGUGCUAAAAGACUAAGUGAAAUAGACAGUCCAGGAGACAGUGACCUGUCACACCAAAGCAGACUAUACAGUCUUACUCAAGCCCUGAACCUGGUUUCCCAAAAGCAUUUUAAGGCUAAAAUGCUUUUGGGAAACCAGGCCUUGGUCUACUGUUGAACUCUUAGUCGUCUCACAGAAAUUCAGUUUUACAGCGUGAUUGAAAUUUAAAAGCAAUGUUCCCGCUUUAGCGGAGACCGCAUUCACGGUAAACGCUGCACGUCGGCUCAGAAAUGCGGAAUGUGUAACACUUCAGCUUUACAGAAUGAAUAGCGCCCUUAGCCUUGCUGUCUUUAGCCUGUCAAUCUCACUAAUGUUUAGCUAGCAGUGUGGCAGCAAUAUGUUACUAUAUGUGCAAUCUUUAAGCAGUAUGGAUUCCUGUUUACAUAUUUUUAUUCAUUUAAUUUUUGUACAAGACAGAUUGUCUAGAUAUCGUAAACUUAUUUGUAUUAUAUUGUAAAUUACAAAAAAAUGCUCAAAUGCAUGAAUUUAUUUUUUAAUCAAAUAACAUCUGUGGUGAGAUUUUAUCGUAUGAUUGACAAUGUUGUUUUAUACCAAUUUAUUGUGUGUAUAUGUGCAAAUAUUAAGUGUAUGGAAAGAUUAAAUGAGAAUACCGAAUUUGUCCGCAAACACAUGGGUAUGACUCAAGGCAUUGAGCUUUUUUUCAGUCUCCCAACAUUCCUUUCACUUUGUGUAUUCUUAAAUCACUGGAUUAGAGCGUCUGCUAAAUGUAAUUUCACUGACUAAUAGGUGAGACUGGCUAUGAAAUAAUUCAAAAAUGGAGUUACGAAAUUGACAGACACAUUACUGGAAGAUUUUACUAUGUAUUAACAUUCCUACAUGCUAUUUAGAACAGCUCAGCAUACAGUCAAUUCUUAUGGGAUGGAAAAUGUUAGUGACAUCCUUUCCUAUAGGACAAUGGGGUUGCUUUAGGCAUAGAGUUUCUGUAAAUAUAUCCUUGGCUACUUUUCAAAAUUCUCCAUCUUGCCUACUGAGAGAAAACAUCCACAGUAAUUCAUCUAUAA